AUCUUCAUGGUUGAGAUCAUAUUAGUACAAGGAAGCACUACAGGUGAUCAGACUGUCAGCAGUACUGUCAGACACACAGAACCAGAUGGAGCACAGAGAGGAGGCUGAUGGUGAAACCAGAGUUUUGUAAAGGAAGACUGCUCUUGAGUCUGACCACGCCCCUCACCCUUCCCAGCCUGCUCCUGUAGGUCAACCCCCCUCCCUUGGAGUGGGCGUGGCCACAGGGUUGUAGUUGUAGCAAUGAGCUUUCAGAGGCGCAGCAAAGGUGUGGUUCUGGUGGAGGUGGAGUACCUGUGCACAGACAGAACUGGCAGCAGCAUCUCCAUCAAACCCAAUGAACAUUACCUCCUCCUGGAGAAGACCAGCGACAGCUGGUGGCUCGUCUGCAAGGAUGAGAGGACUAAGCCCUUCUACGUCCCUGCCAAGUAUGUCAGGGAACUUCCCAGCAGGUUCCCACCAGACCAUGCUGACCCCCCCAGACCAGACACCACCAGAGUCCCUGAGCCAAGACGACAACACAAGACACCACAGAGGGCUGUCUCUAAAAUGAGUCUCUCUGGGAAACAUGACAUGGACACCAAAGCUAAGAGGAUCAGACUGCAGAGACCAGCCUCAUCUGUACCCAGCUGUGUGUCCAUGAAGAGUGACAGGUAUAUAGAUCGACCCAUCAACUUCAGUGCUGGAGGAGGGCCUUCUAAUGAGAAAGGAGAUCAACAGGAGAAGUCUGAGUCAGACCAGAGUCACCAUGAGGACUUGUCCUCCAUAUUUACAGUGCUUGAGGAGACUGUAAUCAGGUUUGUGAAGAAAGAGCUGAAGAGGAUGAAGAGGAUUCUGAGUUCAGAUUACCCAGGAUGCUUAGAGAGUCAGAGGGAGGACCAGGAAGUGGUGGACCCUGAAUAUCAGAAGCAGGAGAGCAGUGCCAGAGAGGGAGCUCUGAAGAUCACACUGCACGUCCUUAGGAACAUGAACCAGAAGGAGCUGGCUGACACUCUGGAGAAAAAUGUGCAGCAGCUCUCUCUCCCGGAGACCCCACAGAUUAAAGAGGAACAGGAGCCGUGGACCAGUCAGGAGGAAGAGCAGCUCCAAGGACUGCAGUCUGAAACUACAGACUCCAUGUUCACUUCUACCAGCGUGAAACAGGACUCUGAUCAAGAAGGCUUUUCUGAAUGUUCACAUCUUGACCAGACUGUUGAAGUGGAGAACAGAGAAGGAGACUCUUUACCUAGCAACACAACUGAGGAACAUAUCAAAGCAGAGUCUGAUGGACAAGACUAUGCAGCACCAGAACCAGGCAGUGACUCUCAGCCCCUCUCUGUUGUAGCUCCAGACUGUCCUACAGCUCAGAGUUUGGAGGAGGAGGAACAUGGAGGAGAGCUGCUUUUUCGGAACACAACACGAAACAAUGAGGCUCUGCCAAGGGAAAACAUGCCACAGAGACGUCACACAGGAAAAACAAUACAUCAGUGUCAACAAUGUAACAAAAUUUUUAGUCAGAAAAGUAAUUUGGUUUCUCAUAUGAGGACACACACCGGAGAGAAAUCUUAUCAAUGUCAGGAAUGUAACAAAUGGUUUUCUCAGAAGAGUAAUCUGGUUAUUCAUAUGAGGACACACACAGGAGAGAAACCGUAUGAAUGUCAAAGAUGUAACAAACGGUUUGCUCAGAAGGGUAAUCUGGUUGAACACAUGAGGAUACACACAGGAGAUAAACCAUAUAAAUGUCAGGAAUGUAGCAAACUCUUUUCUAAAAGUGGUUCUUUGGAAAAACACAUGAGGAUACACAUAGGAGAGAAACCCUUUCAAUGUCAGGAAUGUAGCAAAAGAUUUAGCAUGAAGUCUCAUUUGGUUGGACACAUGAGGAUACACACAGGAGAUAAACCAUAUAAAUGUCAGGAAUGUAGCAAACUCUUUUCUCAAAGUGGUUCUCUGGAAAAACACAUGAGGAUACACACAGGAGAGAAACCCUUUCAAUGUCAGGAAUGUAGCAAAAGAUUUAGCAUGAAGUCUCAUUUGGUUGGACACAUGAGGAUACACACAGGAGAGAAACCAUAUAAAUGUCAGGAAUGUAGCAAACUCUUUCCUCAAAGUGGUUCUCUGAGACAACACAUGAGGAUACACACUGGAGAGAAACCAUAUCAAUGUCAGGAAUGUAGCAAACGAUUUGCUCAUAGUAGUUCUCUGGAAAAACACAUAAGGAUACACACAGGAGAGAAACCUUUUCAAUGUCAGGAAUGUAGCAAAAGAUUUAGCGUGAAGUCUCAUUUGGUUACACAUGAGGACACAUACAGGAGAGAAACCAUAUAAAUGUCAGGAAUGUAGCAAACUCUUUUCUCAAAGUGGUUCUCUGAGACAACACAUGAGGACUCACACUGGAGAGAAGCCCUAUAGGUGUGACCUCUGUGAUCGAUCCUUUAGCCAGGCUGGCAAUUUCAGAGCUCACUGCAAG